CUGGCUAAACAUUCACUUUAUUGCCGACAUUACAAUAGGCUCUAUCUUCAAAAUAAAAUUACAUUUUCAUGAUGGUCAUAGUAGUCCAUUUAGUGUGAGAUUCAGCAUUACAGUAAAGCUAACAAAAGCUUUAAACAAGCAGGCCAAGGUUGAAAGUAAAAAAGGCUAUCUCCUCCACAUACAAGCCAGAGUACUCGAAAAAACUGCUAAUAGAUUCUCAGGUGUUACGCUUUUAUUGAGGAGUCAUGAGAAAUUUGGAUUUUUUAUUUUUUACAAAUAAAAUGUUAGAAAUAUGAAGGCUGACAGGAAAAGCCAGAGAAAGGGAUUGUAUGUGGAGAUAAUGUCUUGUCUCCAGAGAAAAAAAUGAGUUGAUUUAUCAACUAUUAAGCUUUACAAACGUAAUAAAAAUACAACUUCUCUGAUUUAGCUACUUCCUCAUGAACCGGGACUUUAUUUUGAAAGCUCGACUUUAAUCUGACUUCGUCUUCACUCUCCAGAAGAAACAGCCUUCCUCACCCCUGCUACUACACUUUCCGAUGAAUUAAACAUACCCUAGUGUAAUAGGGUUUACUCCAUGCUCGGUCAGCAGUGCGCGCUCCCGCGGCACACAGCCCCGCCGCUGCUCACCGUGAACGCGCCAGUCCAUGCGGGUUGAAUAAAGAAGGAAAAGCAGGAAAAAAAAAAAUCAGCUGAUGCUCAAAACACUUAAAGCUGAUCCUGGACGAAGAGCAGGUGCCAGUUUGAUUCCUACACCUGAAGCCGGUCCGGGUCUCCGGGGGUCCAGUACUCUGGCUCACCUCAGCCGCUCUUUGUCAGCUGGUUCACGCACAGAGACCCGGGCGGGUUUGAGGGUUUUUCUCUGAAUGAAUCAGCUCAAACGCAAAGGGACUCGUUUUGUUUAGGCACUGCUGACUCCGGAGUGUGUUCGAGUCGGUUUUUCUGUGAUUCAUCGCCUUUGGGACUUCUCUCCUGCUGGAUUUAAUCACCUUUUGUUCGGAGGAAGAGGAGGCUAGUGCUGCGGUUCACGGUGAAGUCACACUGACGGAUAGUCACCGGAUCAGCUCUCUCUCUCAUUACGGUUUUUAUCAGCUGGUUAACGCUGGAUUAUCCUCACUGACCUGUGGGACUGCAGAAAAAGCUCUGAUGGGAUUACCUCAUCUUAAAUCAAUACUGAGAUUUUUUAUUUUUAUAAUCAUUGACUCUGGGGAUCGGUUUUAGGAAUUGCUCCUGGUUUCCUCACGCUUUUGUGUGGACCUGGUCUUUCAGUCCCGGACUCUCUUAGUCUGUCUCAGCUGGUACCGGUGUGUUCAGGAGCACCAUGCCGGAGUGUGUGUCCGUUUCCGAGUUCUUGCAGGAGGUUCAGGAGGACUGGAGCUCCCCGACCACCUCCUCCUUCACCUCCAAGAUGAUCAGCUGCAGGAACACCGUCUACCUGCUGGAGGAGGUCAGUAUGAGCAAGGUGUUGGAAUGGGCUUUAAAUGAUGGUUUUAACUGCUGGGCCCCUAAAUAAAUGAAGUGAACCUGUCUUAGUCUCUGCAAGCAGGGCCAGACUGAAUGGCUGAGGGGCCCAGGGGCAAAUAGGGCCCCUUCACCCCCCCCCCCCCCCCCCACACACACACACACACACACACACACACACACACACUUUUCUGCAGUGGAAAGUGGACUUUUCUACAUAUAUAUAUAAUAAAAUUAUAAAGUAAAAUCAGUGAAUAACUCAAACUAAACCAGCUAUUUGAUUUGGUAAUGUUAGCAUUUAAGCCACUUACUUUUUCUGACUUUUCUGACAGCUGCUCUCUGUCUGGGCAGUCACAGCCUCAGCCAACCUGUCAACGUCUGAUCUUUACAGCCAUCUAUCAUAUGUGUACAGGGACGUGAAUCAGGUUUAUCCACCAUAUCUUGAGUGUGAUCAAAACCAGAUAAAGGUUCCUCACAGGACUACUCAAGUCCAUGUAAGCACACUCAGUGAUUAUGAAUAAACAUUUCAACAGCAUUUCAGCUUCCCACACAAGAAAAGCAGCCCUGUGAAUGUCUCUGAUUUUUCAGAAACACUUCAAAUUUGGUUCCUAUUCAGAUUCUCUGUAUCUUUGCAGCUUCUCCAGGAUGUUCAACAACAAAAUCUAGAGAGCAGAAAAUAGACAUGUAACACUGCCGAUGUUUGGCUGCUCUCUCUUUGCCCCUUUCACCUCAGUCAUCCCUCCUUUUGUGAUUAAAGCUUUGGCAGAGUGUGGGCUGGACCACUUCAGUUCAACCAGUGAGCUAAGCUCAGUUUAGCUUAUACACCCUUACUGAAACCAUUUUUAUAAGGUGUGACAGCAGGUCAUCAAACCUGCACAUAUUUAAGGAAUGAAAUCUGACACCCUGUACUCUUUUUUUAAGGUUUAUACACUUAAACAUAAGCAACACAAAGGUCACAAAGAUUUGGUUGCAUUUGCAUAUUUCUGAGACUUUUUCCCUUUCAUGUCCCGAUUUCUUCGUAUAAAUCUCAGUGAUGGGGGUCAUUUCCCAAGUUCAUAGAGUUAAUUAAAUUCGUUCCCCCACAGACUUGGAGUAGGAUAUAUUGUUUAUGACUUUGAUGGGGUUUUUUUUCCACUUACACCCGAUUUCAUUAUCAGAGCAAAGUUGUCACAUCUGUUCCCUUGGAGGGCUCCUCUUUGAGUAAGUCUGGCUUCUCCAGAGUCCAGGUUUGAGUCUAACAUGUCCCGAUUCCCCUGUAAAACUAUCUGAUCUGAAUCUGUCCUAAAUCAGUUUCCACCAUCCUUUGUUCUUCAUGGAUUUUAUUGGUGGGAAGUUGUUCUACUUUUCUGUGUCAUUUUUGUUUGGGGGGCCCCUUAAAACCAGCUGGCAGAGACCCCCCCCCCCCCCCCCCCCCCCACACACACACACACACACACACACUCACAUGUACACACACGCUGUAGGUCAGCAGAGUCGUUGACCUGAAACCUUCAGACCCCUCAGUAUCCUGUAACAGACCCACUGUCCCUUCCAUCCCCUUCUCCUUCUAUCCCCAAAGGAGCUAGCAUAUGUUACCAUGGCAGCAGAAGAAUCCUCAUUAGUAUUCAGUGUUAUUCUUAUUUUAUGGUAACGAGGGAGGAGCCAGAGAGAUGAGGAUGAUUAAUGAGGAUUAGAGAUAAUCUGGGACCUGAGAGCUCUGAUCUGACAGUCUUCAUCCAGAAAAGCCUGUUUGUGCACAGGUUAUCCAUGAAGCUGAGCUCUUAUACAUGUUCAAGCAAUCAUCUUAUCUGAGGCUUAUGCUACACAGCAAGUUCAACAAACAGGAUUUUAUUUAAGCAACCUUUUCCAGAGAGACUAUCAAAGCAAUCAGUCAACUAGUGAGUCUGACCAAAGGGGGAUAAAGCUCCAGACGACCAAUAACAUGAAAGUCCACUCAGCGCAAAGGAUGUAUUCAAGAAGUAACAAGCCUGAUCGAAAUAAAAAAGUAGAAAAGACACACUGUUUCAGCUUCCAGAAAGCUUUAUGAAUGUGCAAAUUAAAGCUCAUAAUAUCAGUAGACCAUCAUCAGCAUAAAAGCAGAUUUCAGCAUAUUAGUGUUUGUUUUCUUGAUAUUUAUGAUUUCAUCUCGAUGAAGCUGUGGUUGUAUUUGUCUUAAAUUGUAAUUGUGGUGGUGUCAAACAGAUCCAAGGAAAGAAAUACAUUUUUAAAAUGUACUGUACAUGUCAAAGCUGUAAGAAUAAUGCCUUUAAUUAAAAUUCAUAUAUCUAAAGCACCCUUCAAAACUAAGGGUUUCACGAAGGCAGCAAAAUAAAAAACAGCAGGUCAUAAAAUCACAAGUUAGAGAUUUAGACAUUAAAAUAUUGUAAAAAGCAUGAUGACUAAAUUUGACUUAAUACUUGAAUAAUAUUCAAACUGUGAAUAUCAGUUUAUCACUUAAAUCCAAUAGUCAUUUCUGAGUCAUCACUCUUUCACUGGCUCAUCUAAAACUAUUUUUAAUUUCAGAGCAUUUCCUGUUUUUAUUUAUUUUGCCUUUACUAAGAGAGGACAGGACAGUGGACAGAGUGGGAAGCUAAGAGAGGGAGUUUGGGUGGCAUGUGGGAAGGGAGCCUCAGGCUGUAGGCGAACCAGGACUGACCGCUCGAGGCUUAGUCCCCCAUAUAUGAAGCAUGUGUGUAGAGUGCUAGGCCAACAGUUCCUCAUGCAAAGAAAUUUUGACUAAUUUCCUGAUCUGGAAGCCAAAUUAAUCCAGUUAAAUUUACUUUAUGAUCUCAACUAUCAAAUAAAUGCUGCACUGCUGCACCAAUGUGGUCAGAAAAAGAGCUGUCACAACAUAUCAGCACUGACUAAAACCGUCUCUGAAACAAAUUAAAUAUUGAUAAUGUGCUGUUAGAAAAAGGACUGGGUUCAUAGUCACAGUUCUUUGCACUGAUGCCACAUGUCUUUAAACAGAAUAGAAGAAGAAGAAGCCACUGUAGCCGCCUUCUGAGAGAUGAUUCCGAUGAUUCUUAAAAACGUAUAUUUAAGAUUUAUUUAAACACAUUAAGAAAUAUGCAAAAGUGCCAACCAAUGCAAAUACGCAGUGAAGUUAAUCUGAGAUAUUUUUGAUGCAUCACUUAUAUCCAGGGAUUCCCAGUUAAUGCAACAGCAUUUGCACUUUUGAGGAGUUCCAUUUGAGUUGCAUUCUUUGUUGCAUGAUGGUCUUGGACAAAGAAAACUAUUUCUUCAACAACAGUGACGUACAAAAGAAGAGAACUUCCUUUAGAUCUGAGUCCUACACAGUUUUCACCAGUUCAGCAAAGCUACAGUUCUACAGUUUAGUUUAAUCCACAGAUCUGUGACAAUUCACACUCAGAAAAGAGCUGCACAGCUUUUGUGAAGUGGUUUCCUGCUGACAUCAGUCUGACUGGCUUCACCUGUAUGCUUUGCUCAUACUGUAGGUGGCAGCUCAAACCAAAACUCAUUUCUUUUGAUUUCUCAGCUGAACCGCAGGGCGAUUAAGUGAAUCGUACCCUUAGACAACACAGCAGUGUUUCUGAUUUCCAUCACAACAGCAGCAGGAAUCAAGAAGCGGCUGCAGCAGAGUAACUAGAGUCAAUUUUAGACCUUAAUUACUGUGUCAGUGCUGACAGCUCUCAGUCUUCUAUAUCUUGACUCCUUACUUUAACUUUUACCUUAUAAAUUUAACAAAUCACAGAGUUUAGAGAAAGAAUCACUCCACUUUCUUUGAUAAUAUCAGUAAGAAACACAAAGAAUUUCUCUCAUAGAAGUGUUUUGUCAGCCUCUCCUUUCACUCGCCUCCCACGAUCAGCUCAAUAAGCUCCAGGAUCAAUUGCAUCGAUUGGUCACUGGGUGGGGGAUUUAUGCAAGUUUCUCCUUUUUGCCUUUGGCUGUAAACAAAGCAGGUUAGGUGUGCUAAAUUUGUUACCAUGACGACUUUAGUGACAAAUAUACCACAGAGUUAACGCUGAAGUUAUGUGAGCCCAUCUUUCUGUUUCAGGCCUCCGAUCGAGACUCAAAUUUAUUCAACACAAAGUAAAUAGUAAAAGCAUAAAGGCAUUCAGGCCUUUAAAAGCAACAUGACUUCAAUUCAAGGAUUAUGUAAAACAGCAAUGUAUCUCCUUCAGGGCUGUUUAUAAAAGACCUGUAAAGGUUUUCAAAGGAGUAAGAGCAUUUUAGGUAAUGCUUUUCUGCAGCUUUACUUAGCGCUGAGGACACAUGAAAGAAAAGAGCGGUUCUGCAAACUCUGAGUGCACCCUCGGAGACAUUUCUGCAAAGUAUGUAGAUGAAGCGCCACAGAGUGACUGUGGAGACUCAUAAAAGAGCUGAAGAUAUAGCACAGAGAAAAUGUCCGUCAUGGUCCUAAAUGGCAACAUAUGUGUUUUUUCUCUAAAGACCAGCGAUUCACAUUUCUACAUACAAAACAACAUUGCCUUUACACAUGACAGGAGAUACAACAGUAACUGUGUUUUGUUUGUAAGCUGAUUGUAAUUUAAUGUUUGUAGGAUUUGACCCCAGAGAGCGUCUUGGUGGUAACUAAUGGGGGUCCAAAUGAAUCAAAAUAGGAAAAAAAAAGUAAUGAGUGCCGACAGUAGUGAUGUUCAGAAGUAAUGAAUCAAGGUGUGUGUUGAAUAUUGUUAAUAUUACAAGCAUGCCACUAAGGAGUGCAGCAAAGAGUUGGAGCUGGGAAUCAAACAAGAACAAGGCCCUGUUGAUAAAAUGCAACUAAAUAAAAACUGUUCAAAUUAUACGAACCCAAAAAUGUGAAAAAUGCUCUGUAUAAUGUUUAGAAAAGCAGAACCUGUUGGUUUAGUCAUUUAUUGAUCUAAAAGAUAAAGCAGAGACAAUAUAAGAAAAGUUUUAAUAAUUUAUGAGAAAUAAUAUAAACUGAUUAUAGAUUUGAUCAGCAGAACUGAACAAAAAAGUUGGAAAGGGGCAACAAAAUACUGAAAAACUUGUUCAAUGUAAAGAAAAAAACAAACACCUCAGGGAACAUUGAACCACCACUAUUUGGAUAACUUUAGCAGGCUGGUUAUGUGAGUGGGUAUAGAAAUGACAUUUAGAGAGGCUGAGUCUCUCAGAAUUGAAGAUGGAAGAAGUUUACCGCUCUAAGAAAGACUGCAAGGGCAAACAGUUCAACAACUGUAGAAUUCAGAGGGCAUUAUUUCAUCGAAAGAGUCAGAAUCUGAAGCAAAUAUCUGAACACAUAAGAAACAAGGACUAAAACUAACAGUGAGUAGUUAGGAUUUCCAGGUAAAGACAGACAGAAAACUAAGGAGGAUCUGGGUUUGAAGGAAUCUGUCACGCUGUCCUGACUAACUGGAGCGCUUGAAUAAAAUAGAGCUGUUGCUUUUGUUUGUAGGUGCACCUGUGUUUUUCCAACUGUGUCAACUCAGUCUGCUGCCUUUUGAAAAACACAGACUGUUUUAUACAAAGAAAAAGCUGAAGACAUGUGCAGUGAAAUCUCUGAGGACACUCAGAUGUAUUUUUCAUGAUUACUCUGCUCUGUUGAUCAACAAGAUAUAAAGCGAGCCUGAGAUUAAAGCGGCAGCAGACCGCCUUCAGCGCUUCAUUCAGAGAUUCAGACUGAUAACACUCACACAGGACUGUAGCCGCCUGUUGUCUGAGAACAAAAGCUCGUCCUCUGUGUGUGUGUUGAGUCAGCAGGUGAAUUAGUACACACACACACACACACACACACACACACACACACACACACACACACACACACACACACACACACACACACACACACACACACACACACAAUCAGGAUACUCACCCUCUGUGGUCUGUGUUUAUUUCAGGUCCUGGACAGUGACCGGUUGGUGUUGCAGAAGAUGAAGAAAGCUGCCAAAGCCAAAUACACAGCCGGACAAGGUACACACUCUGAUAUGAACAAACUGAAGACACUGUAGAACUAACGCCAGUCUCUAUGACUUCACACACACUACUCUAGCUUGGUAGUUUUUGGCCCUCCAUCUUGGUUUUUCAGGGUCUGGCUUAUUUAUAUCACAUGGUAGGAACUGAUCAGUCUAAGCCCCAGAUUGCAUUGGCUAUAAUAAAAAUGAAAGAUAUGCCAUCUACCAAACACUGAAGCCAAAAUAUUUGGAGCUCCCCCUGCUGACUGGCUGCAGUAAAGGUCAUAUAGAGCACCUCCCCCAUGUUAACAGAUUGGACAUUGGUCAAACUAUAAAACUACAAUAUGUUUUUCUAACAUGGUUUCUGCCCUGAGAGUUUGAUCUUUAUGUCCAAGUUUCUUUUUAAUCAGUUAUUUGGUAUCCAUCUUUACGGUCUAUGCUAAGACAUAACUCUGUUGGACAACAUCAUGCAUUUCUUGUAAAAAACUUCUGUUGACCGCAAACCAGACAAUUUAGGGCCUUAUUCAGGACCUGAUUUGCCAACCACAGUGAUGGGGGCAUGGCCAGAGCUUGUAUCAACCACAAAUUAAAAAAGUUUAUGAUACUUAAGAAUAAACAGACACCUUGAGUCCUGUGCUAACACUGUUUCCAUUCACCAGACCAUGUCUCUCACCUGGAGCAGUACAUAAACUCAAUGGAGAAGCUGUCGGUCAACUGUCACUCAAACGGAGAGAGUGAGGUUGGCUCGGCUUUCUGUCGACUGGCUGACUUUUCCAAAGAACUCCUGUCGCCCAUGAAGAACCUGGUGAGUCAUCAGCAAUAGAUAGUACCUCAACUGGAGAAACGUUCAUUAUGCACAAAGGUUCACCCAACCAAUCAACAGCCCACAGAUUCAGAUUCAGAGAACACAAAUUCAGUAGCUUUUGAAACAAGGUUUUAGUAUAAUCCGCAAGGCCUUUAAUCACUAACUUUUAUGUUUGUGUGUGAAGUUAAAGAGCAUGCUGCACAACAUCAACUUCUUCCUGGACUCUCUGGUGAAAGGAGACCUGCGGGAGGUGAAGGGGGUGAGGAUCUGUUUUAUUUUUUCAUGCACAUCAGCAAACAGAUCAAAAUAUGUGUGUGAGUAAAUUUGAGGUAGAUGUUUAAGCUUUUCAUCUUUCCUUGCAGGAUCUGAAGAAGCCUUUUGAACGAGCUUGGAGGGACUAUGAGAGCAGAUUGUGAGUCAGUGCUGCAUAAACAAAAUGUGUCCAUAAGUACAGAACUUUAUUGAAUUAACGUCUUCUUUCCUCUACAGACUGUUAGUGGAUUUCAGGUUUCAGCUAAUGUGUGUUUGUGUGUGUUUGGUGUACAGUAAGCAGGUGGAGAAAGAGAAGAGAGAGCUGGCUCGUCAGUACGGGAUGGUGAGGAACGAGGUGAGCGGGGGAGAGAUCGCAGAGGAGCUGGAGAAAGAGAGACGCUCCUUCCAACUGAGCAUGUGCGAGGUCAGUGAUUCAUACAUGUGAUGCCGCCCUCUUAUCUGACCUCCACCUGCUCAUUCAGCUGCACUUCAUUUGUUUGUUCCACCUUCUUUUUCAUCCCUGUCCUCCCCCGUCUACUCUUCUCACUUGUUCAACUUCUUUCACUCUUCUUCCUCUUUAACUUCCCCCUCGUUUUCUCUUGUUUCUUCCUCCUCUUUUGCCCCCUGCUGCUCUCCAGAAACUUUGCUACAUCGUCCUGACAAACCACAUGUGCUUGCCUGUAAGUCCAAUUAAUAGAUGUAUUCGUCUCUCUCUCUCUCUGUCGCAGUAUCUAAUUAAAGUUAACGAGAUAAAGACAAAGAGGGGAGUUGACCUGCUGCAGAACCUUAUUAAACACUACCACAGCCACAACAAGUAAGAGCACAUUUGCACACAUUGAUAGUGCAUAAGCAGCAAACAGACACAGUUUUGGUCAUUUAUUAUUGUCCUUGUGUGUUCAGCUUCCUGCAGGAGUGUGUGUCCACCACUCAGAGGCUGAAGCAGUACAUGGAGGAGCUGAAUGGAGUCCUGACAACAGUAUGUCAACUAUAAACAAAGAUUUAAAAAAAAAAAAAAGAAAAAAAAAAACGGUUUUUCCUUUCAAAUAUGCAAUUUAAAUAAGUACCAAACAGAUUUAAACUUGGAACAUGUACAAUAAAUACAACUGCUGUGCACAAGAUGAGGUAAUGGCAUCAGCAUUUUUUGAACAUUUUAAGAGUCAUGUUUUGAUUUCUUAUGAAGUUGAAGCCUAUUUCCUCUAAUUCCAAUCUUCUGAAUUGUUUCAUGUCUGGAUUAGUAAGGUCAUAUUUCAAAAGCACUCAGACUUAGGUGAGCUGUUAUGUGUCUGCAGGUGAAGCAGCGUCAGGAGGAGGAGAAGAGACAUCUGGUGUCUCUCAGAGAUCUGCUGAGACCUGUCGUCCACACAGAGCAGGUCAGCUACACAAUCACUCAGAGAAACUUUGACACUGUGGUAUUCUAAACAGGUUAUUGAUGUGAGUGUGUGUUCAGGUCUCCAUUUGAAAAACUAUAAUAAUUUUUCAUCAAAAUAUUGUGACUUUUUUUUAGCUCAAUUAAAAGCACAACAAGGGGGGGGGGGGCACUCACACAGAAGCCUAACGAGGUCACUGGUGAAAAAUCAAAAGUGUAAUAUGGAUACAUUUUAAUUUUAUGUGUGUGUUUGUGUGUGUGUAGGACACUUUACCAAAGCAAGUGUACAGUAUGCAUCAGCUGCUGGGAGACAAACAGUACGGGACAGAAAGAGCGGGAUUCCUCUACAAGAAGAGUGAUGGGUACAGCACACCUUUACAAACACACUUAAAGCACUAGAUGUCAUCUCUAGAGAUAAAAGUUUUGAAUCUAAAACAGUUUGUGUGUGUUUCAGGUUGAGGAAAAUGUGGCAGAAAAGGAAAUGUUCAGUUCACAACUGUUACUUGACCAUCGCACAUGCAACUGUGAGUUUAUAAAAAUUUGUUUUGCACUUAUAAUGGGGACUUGAACAUGUUUACACAACCGUAUUUUAGGGACUCACUACAACUAUGUUCAAAGAAAGUUACAAAGUUGCUCUUUGGCCAUUUCAUGCAAAUUCAAACAGUGACUGCACUUUUGUGACCUCCUUACAAUUUUGGCCAAUCCUUUCAACAUCUCUACAAAUUUAACCUGUUACCAUAUUUCUGUACAUGUAAUUCAUAUGCUUGAUAUUGUAAAAUUAUCAUCAGUCCAAUUGUCAAACUUUGCUUUUCAUGAUAACGCAGUUUUGCAAAAAUGAUGUUUUAUGCUACAUAAGCACAGCACAAAACUCUACAACUUGCAUUUUAACUUUUUCAAAUAGCUGCUCAGGCAGUUUUGAAAGCAGUAAUCACACAAAGGGCCAAAUCCUGAAGAGACUGAUUCUCAUUGUUCAGAUGUGCCUGCAGUUCUUUAUAAAGACAAAAUGAUGCGAGCAAAUACAUUUUUCACAUUGCAUUGGAAAGUAAUGCUUUGAGGCAAGACUAAAUAAAUUAGUUGGUAACGUUUGUGCUAUAUUUAGACCCAGACUUUUUAGCUUGUUAAUACAUGUGUUUUAGUUGAAAAACCUUUCUGAUAUCUGUAAUGUCCUCCACCUCUCUGUCUUUUCCUUUCUGUCCCUCUCUCAGCCUAAUAAACCUCCUACCAGACUCAACCUGCUCACCUGUCAGGUUAAACCCAGUGUGGAGGACAAGAAAUGUUUUGACCUCAUAUCUCGUAAGUCACCGGCACACACCAAAGCUCAAAUUCAAAAGAAUCUUAAGCUUCUAUGUUGCAGUCUUAACCUAAAUUUUAAUUCUGCAUUCAUUUGCAAUUAUGUUGGGUAAGUUUGGUUGUACUGUAUGUACCAAAACCUCUAAGCCAGUCAGAAUCCACUAGUUCUCCUAGCUGUGGUGUAAUGCUGACCUAAUCAUUUAUGUAAGCACAUACUGUUACUUUGUCCUCCAGAUAAUCGUACCUACCACUUCUUAGCUGAGGAUGAAGCUGAGUGUGUCGCGUAAGUAUAUACAAGCUGUUGAUUGAGUCUGACAAUAUUUCCUUGUAGUGUGUUGUUUAUUAUGAAUAUGAAUUAAUAAUGUAAUUAAAUGGGUAUCUGUACAUGCAGCUGGAUCUCAGUGCUCAGUAACAGUAAGCAAGAAGCUCUGAACGUGGCUCUGGACGGGGGGAAGGGAGGGGGAGGAGGUGGGGAGAGCAGCGUGGAGGAUCUGACUCGAGCCAUCACUGAUGACAUUAGACGUAUGCCGGGAAACAACAACUGCUGUGAUUGUGGAGCCCCAGGUAAACAAUCAAUCAAUACAUGGAAAUCCUUUAUGCAACCACACGGCAUACUAUACAUACAACAGAUCAAAACAAUUUAAACUGACAUAAAAACAUGACACAAACAUACAAGUAGCAGCAAUGAAUGGAUUUCUUGUUGAUAAUCUUGAUGCUACUGUGUGUUUAUGUGAACUUAUUUUGCAAGCAUUAUGGGGACUUUGAUAUGUGUACACGACCACAUUAUGGGGACUUACUGUUACCAUUCUUUCAGGAAGUUGUGAAUUUGCUCUGACCCAUCAGUAGGUUUUCAUAUAGAGGAAAAGAAAAUUUGCAUCUCACAAAACCAAAAGAAAAUUAAUCUGGCAAUUUUAGAACUAAAUGGUUUACUAUUGGAAUUAGCCCAUAGCUUUUCAGUAGCAGCAUAAACUGGAUUAGCUUGAUGUUGACUUGACUUAAAAUUUAUCUCUCUUUCUCUGUAGAUCCUGGAUGGCUCUCAACCAAUCUGGGCAUCCUCACUUGUAUUGAAUGUUCAGGGAUCCACAGAGAGAUGGGGACCCAUGUCUCUAGAAUCCAGUCCCUGAGUUUGGACAGCUUGGGGACAUCUGAUCUGUUGGUAGGUAGUGCCUGUUAGCUACCAAGCUAACUUUAAAGCUUGAGUGGAAACCAUAACUUUAAUUUCACCAAAUAAUAUUCCUCUAGGCUUGUCUGGACACUUUUUGGUCCACCACAGCCUCCUCCUGCUCCGAUUGUACCAUUUCUCACACCCACUUUUUCUUCCUGUACUACUCAUAUUGUCCUCAUCCAUUUUAGACAUCAACUUUCAGCUGACUUUUGCACUGUGAUAGAUUAUAGAAGUGUGAUAUAUGAUACAUCAAAACUGUAGAUGAACUCUUUCAUGUGGCUCUUUCUUUGUUCUCUAAUGAAGUUCCUGGUUUUCAUCUCUUGCCCAGUUGGCCCGGAAUGUUGGUAACUCUGGUUUUAAUGAAAUAUUGGAAGCAAAUUUGCUGAGUCCGUCCAUGAAGCCCUCCCAGCACAGCCACAUGUAAGACAAUGCUCAUACAGGUGUACUAUUUAAGUAAGAGUAGCAUUCAUUUCACUUUAUUAGUUUAAUUACACACAAUUUGUGUGUGUGUGUGUGUGUGUGCGCAUGUGUUUACAGGUCAGAGCGUAAAGACUUCAUCCUCUCAAAGUAUCAGGACAUCCAUUAUGUGAGGCGCAGCCACAGCUCUACUGCUGCGCUUCGACUUGGCCUGCAGGAGGCGACAAAGAACUGUGACAUCUACAGCCUGAUCCAGCUAUAUGCUCAGAGGACAGAGCUGAGCCAGCCGCUGCAUGCACACAUACAGGUAAACACAAGUGCACACAUGAGUGCAGGUACAUGUGUAAGGGCUACCAGAUAUGAAUACUUACAUGUACAGGUGCUGACGGGUCUACAAAAUAGAUGCAAAAAAGCAAAGGUAUACACAGAUGUAUACAUCAUUACUAUUUUACAUUGGGAUUUUCACAAACAUGAAUUACCUUAAUGUAAGUAUACAGAUAGAGGUAAAUGCAAAAAGUGUAUACAAGUGCAUGCAUAAGUGCGUCUUACACAAAUUGUAUAAACACAAGUAUGCACAGAGAGUUUUUUAAUUGUACAGAUAUAGUAUAAACAAAUGUUUUAUCGAAGACAUACAAAGCAGCAUAUUUAUCAGUGAAUGUGGUUAUUUUUAUCCACAUAUAACAGAUAUGGCACGAACAAGUUGACACAAAAAAGGCAUGUUGGUACAAACACAUAUAGGUGCCCACAAGCACACACAAACGAAGGUAUACACAAGCGAAGAAAACCUGUGGUUAUACACUCAUUAAAACAUGUUCAUACAAGUACACACAUGUACAAAUGCACUCAUCAUUAACCACACACAUACAGACAUACACAUACUGGGAAACACAAACAUCAAGGUACACACACAUUCAAGUAUACACAAACCGAUUAAUAGUUAAACACGUGUGUAUACCUGUAUAUAUGAGCACCCUAAGCAGAAUGUACUCAUAGGUAUAGGCAAAGACAUUUAUAGACAAUACAUUUGAGCAUACAAAAAUAGUUAAAACGAUCUUAUACUUUAGGUUGACACAUAUACAGUUGUAGACACAGAAAUAGAUAUACACUGACACAGUUCAGCAAGUGUCUAUAUAUGUAUUUGUAUAUGCAGAUAAAAAAUAUGUACAUAUUCAUAUAGGUAUACACAAGCAGGCACAGACAUGCAGGCAUACUGUACACAUACUGGUAGACACACAUCAUUAAACCUUAAGGUGAACUCUCAGUUACUCAGCAGUUUGUUUCCAUGCCAACAGGAGAAAGGUGAGACAGCGCUCCAUCUAGCCGUCCUAUUGGCUGACAGAACAUCACUGCACAUCCUGGACUUCCUCGCUCAGAACUGGUCAGCCUUCUCUAAUGACAUUUAAUCUUGGUGUGUGUUACUGUGCACACCUGAGUUUACCUGUGUUCAUGGUUUUCAUUUAAAGCUCCAAUGUGGACGUGCAGACCUCAGCAGGAAACACAGCACUGCACUACAGCUGUCUGCACAACAAGAGUGACUGUGUGAGACUGCUGCUGAGAGCCCGGGCCAACACACACAUCAGUAAUACACACAAAUACACACACUCUCACACACAAACACACAAAAAAGUUGAGGUUAUUCAGAGGAAAUCUUCGUUUAUAUAUAUAUUUUUUUUUUCAAAGAUGAUUUUUUGAAUGUAGUUAUGAAUCUGAUAGAGUGGCUUCCCCUAAGGAUCAGUUUAUGGACUCCUUCUACUUUUUUCUUUAUCAGCUCCCUGUCGGUCACAUUCUGAAGGAGAGCGAUGUCAAUUACCACCGCUAUGCAGACGAUACUCCGAUAUGUGUUUUCGCUCUCACACAAGUGGAGAGAAAACAAAUAUCAAUUUGCUCUGCAACAAAGAAAAAAAAAAUCAGCGUAAGCUAAUACCUUGAGUUCAGGGAUUUAAAGACCAAAGACCUGAACCAAUUCCUUGUAGAUUCUGAUCUAAGCUUUGGUGGCCACAUCAAAUUAUUCUCUACAAUCGGGUUUUACCAACAGGGUUUUUCUGUCCCAGGAGACCUUGAAAGAAAAUUUCUGUACAUCUUCAUCCUGUUGAGUGUAGACGUAUCAGGUUUUUCUGCUAAGGAACAUACAGUUAAUAAAGUAAAUUAAACGUCUUUGUGUUUGAACAGAGAACGAGUUGGGAGAGACAGCUCUGGACAUGAGCCGCAGGUUGAAGCACGUCCAGUGUGAGACGCUGGUGAGGUUAUCAGUCUGAUCAUGAAUAUUGAUUAUUGUUAUCAGUGUAAUGAUUAAUUUAACAGAGUGUGUCUGUGCAGCUACAGCAGGCUCAGUCUGACCUGUUUGACCAUCACGUCCACGUGGAGUACGAGUGGAGGCUCCGGCAUGACGAUCCUUAUGACAGUGAUGAUGACUUUGAAGACAAGGUAGCCAUGGCAACAGACAUUUUACCCCUCAUUUCUCGAUGUCAAGGUCGCCUUCUUUUCUUCCUGUACACACAUUGACUCUUUCGUCUCUGUUUCAGAACGGUCCUGUAAAGAAGGAGCGCUCCUCCUCUUCCUCCUCCUCCACCUUCACCUCCUCUUUCUCCUUCUCCUCCCGUCCCUUCAGUUUCAGUCAGUCCAACCCUUCUUCAGUCACUCCUAACUCUUCCUCAGGAGCAGCAGCAGGUGGCGGUCUGCUCAGUGUAGGGAGGAGGCUCGCCAUGGCCAUGGAUCUCCACACUCGUCCCUCAGGCCCCGUUUCCAGCCCUCCACCUCCUCCCCCAUCCUCUCCUGCUCCUCCACUGCCGCCAAGGGUCAAAGGUGAACCUGAUGUGUGUUUAAUAAAUGCAAAUGUUUCCCCCAAUAAUGAUCAAUUCAGAGAUAAAACUCAUGAACCUCAUCUGUGAUCUCAAUCAAAUAUCUCCCAUUAAAAUCAGCGAGGUAGAAAACAAAAAAAUAUCUCCCAUCUCUUCUUUUUGUCCUCCUCCAGCUCCCAACGUUCCUCCUCCUCCUCCUCCAGCAGGGGGGGAGGGAGGUGGGGAAGAAGAGGAGGAAGAAGGGGAGGUUUUCCUCUCUAUGACAGGAAACAGGAAGCCAACCCCGCCUCCCAUCGCUGUACGACACAAGAGGACCUGUUCCGAGUCCAGCAAGCAUGGUGGGAUCAGAGAGACACGCUGUAAUUUAUCUGUCAGGGUUUGAUCACUGUGUUAUUAACUCUGUGUGUGUGUGUGUGUUUGUGUGUGUGUGUGUGUGUGUGUGUGUGUGUGUGUGUGUGUGUGUGUGUGUGUGUGUGUGUGUGUGUGUAGAUUACGGGCUGCCAACCAGUCCCAGGAUCUACAGUGGACCAGACUCCUCCUUUAGAAAGUGUGUGUGAGUAUCUGAGAAAAUCGUGCACUGUAAACGUACAACAAUACACAAGGCUUCACAAAACUCUCAGAGGUAAAGAUGGGAAAAGGUUCACAACUCUUAGGCAGCACUACAUUAAAAACAGACAUGACUCUGUAGUGGUAGUCACUGCAUGGGCUCAAAGUCACUUCCAAGUUGACAUUCAUUUCAGAAAUCACAGAUGGCAUGUCCUCCAGGGUCCUAUGAGGAAUUAGGACCACCUAGCUUGUUAUUAACAUCUUAUCCAAUAUCUUUGAUGGUGUUUGGAUUCACAAGUGUCCGUAAGAUGGGUAGCUUACACAUUUAAGAAGACACUAUUGAUAAAAAGAUUUAGGAGCAAUAUAUGCUGCCAUCCAGAUAAUGUCUUCUUUAUGCAAACUGAUGCCCAACCACAUUCUUCGCAUUUUAACACAGUAUGGCUCUGUACUAGAAGGGUCCAUGUGUUAACUUGCCUGUUUGUAGCCCUGAAUGAUAUAAAACAUGACAAAGAAGACCCUGAGCAGCAGAAAUCCUCUAUGAGACAAGGAUAGGAAAACAUUUCCUUUUGUAAAUGUUUUUGAACUGAGGGGAUCAGUUUCCGGGGUUUUUAGUGUUGUUACAAGAAAAGAGGAUACGACACAAUGACGAAUGAGUCCUUGUCUCAACAGUUUUUUUUUUCAAACAAAUUAGAAAUCAGGAUUUCAUUUUUCAUAAAACAAUAUUUUUUUUCAAGUACAGCGGUUGGUAUGUCACCUUUUUGGAAUUAAAUAAAGGGUUUGAAUAAUUCACAAAACAUCUAUGAAACUUUAUACAUUGCUGUAACUGUGCUUACAUUUAGAGCAUCAGUGUUACAACAUGUAGGAUGGAUGUUUGAGAAAGCUACUGAAUAAUUAAGCUGUUUGAUGGACUUAGGCUAUAGGAACAGGAGAAAAGUUGAAAUAUUGUGAUAUAUAAAAAGUUUUUCAUCGAAGUUACAAGAAACUGGAGUUUAUGGUUCAACCCUUCCUCAUUUAACUGUUAGACUAUGCUGACCUCUUGUGGACAGAUUUUUGACUGCAUCUUUUCCCUUUGUCUGUCUCUCUGUUUGACUCCAGUCCAGCGUCUCCACUCAGCUCGCUGACUGAACGCCCAGAGAGAGGUACAUCAAGAAAUAUAAAACAUUGUCCUCUCAGAUCGUUUGUCUGUUUUAUCUGUCAGGACUCUCAUGAAUCCAUCAUGUGUGCAUCUGUAUAUUAUGUCAAAUCUCUGCAAACACUCAUGAGGUUUUUUCUCUAAGGUUCUCUCCAAGUACAGUUGUAAAUCCUUGUUAAUUGAUACUUUGGAGAGGUUUGUAUGCUGUGGUUCUCCAGUUGAAGUAAAAGCAGUUUACUCUCUUUUUUAUAAAUUAUUGUAAAAGUUAAAAAGUUAUCAGUUAUAAAUAUUUAAGUUAUGAACUGUUCUGAUAAGUGUUUGUACAAUUUAUUGGUUUUCUCAGGUCUUACAAAGUAAAAAAAUUGUAUGAGGUAUUAAGAAAAUUUAAGCUGUUGAUUUGUGCGUGGACAUAUUAUUGGUAUUGAAAAUCAUAUUUAGUGUCAUUUUCAGACCAAGAAGCUGUUUUUUUUUACGUUGAUAAUAUCCUCAUAAAUUUGUCGAUUUUUUUUUUCUGUAAGGCAGAAACCAAAGUUAUAUGGAGCCAGUUGUUACCUAAUAUUGUAUUUAUUAUAUUAUGUUAUCAUAAUAUAUUUAUUUAACAUUCACAUACUUACAAUAAACAAAUAUUAUUUGUUUUUCCUUGCGAUAAGUUGACAUUUGAUAAACCUGUAUAAAUUCAUUUUUGUCUUUGUUUUUCUCACUGAGGUUUUCGGAGGGCAGACAGCGACAAUAACUCCUCCCACUUCCUGCACCCUGCUAGUAAAGCCCCACCCAGCCGCUCUCCAACCAAUCAUCGAUCUCAGAGCUUUGACAGCGUAAACAGAGGCCCCGCCCCUCAGCCGCUUCCUCGCAGAUCAUUGGUGAGAACUCUUAACUUUUCACAUCAUAGAAACCGCAUAAAUAAUUCAAACACGACAAACUACUCUUUCUAAGACAGCAUGAAGUUAAAGUUGACCAUUUUCUCUUUGCUAUGAAUAUUUAUUUGUAUUAAUAUAUAUCAGUAGGUCUUCAGUAUUCUUUUUCUCAUGUCUGUCAGCCUCGGGGCUCAACGAGUCGUCGGGUCGAGGCUCUUUACGACUGUCAGGCCGAUCACCACGAUGAGCUGAGCUUCUCUGAGGGACAGGUGCUGGUGGUGCUGGGACAAGAGGACAGCGAUUGGUGGGUGAGUACCAUCCUGGAAUCUGAUAGGUGCUCGUAAAAGUCGUAAAAAAAAAAAACUGUCCACCAUAUCUGUCCAAAAACCUGCUUGUGUUUAUAUUUGCAUACAUCUGACCAAAAACGUUUAACCCUUUAUUAACUUAUCAGUAUAACCAAAAAAUUGCCCAAGAGAAAAUAAACUAUUUGUAUUUGUUCAUGACUACAGUACAUUUUACAAACAUAUAUAUAAGGCAGAAAGUUUAUAACUUCUUGAUCUGCAGGUUUAUAAAGUUUGGUAAUUUGGUAAGAAGAUGGAUCUGGUUUCAAAUAAAAACAGAGGCAAAAAUACAGGCGUUUGUUGGGUAUAAGUUGACUUACCAUUUAAAAACGAGAUUAAAAUUCGUCUUUGUUUAGAGACCAAAGAAAGACAAAUGGAAAUUCAAAAACUUUUGGAAAUUCUGGCUUCAUUAUUACCAUGACUUUUUCAGUCGUCUCUACAAAGUAAUUGUGUAUUUUUGUGUUUGUAUGCAGCAUGGUUACAUCGAGGACGAACCGGACCAGCGAGGAUUGUUCCCUUCUUCUUUCGUCCAGCUGCUCACAGACUGACAAGAACCUGGACUUCAUUUAUUCAGAUCAAAACCAGUGCAGAUCUGGACCCCAUCUGUCAGACUGGAGUAUCAGAACCUGGAGCUCAAGAAUCAAAAGCAAACCAGAUAUGUAAUCAAUCCAGUGAUCUCCAAUGCACCAUGGUGGACUUUUAGGUCCAACCCAGACUUCAGAACUAGACUGAUCUGGCCCUUACAGGCUCUGGGUCCCCCUGAUGUAAUGUGAUCAUGGACUAGUGGCUGUUUGCAGGCUCACAUGGACUGAUCAGCUGUGACUCAAAGCUAAUGUUGAUGAUACACUUAUUUAUUUAAAUUAUUUUUUACCAAAAGAAAAUAACUGCAGGUCACUUUGAAGUACAAGAAAAUAGGCCCUGCACAGAUGGCACCACAAUCACAGAAGCCCCCACUGUCAUUUCAGGCUCUGCCUCCUUUUGGGGUGGGGCUGAACAGGUCAGAAACAUAAGAAGAGCUCAGAAACUAAUGGGAAACUAUGGACAAAUAUAUAAAAACAACUGUUAUCUCAAAAUGCAGGUAAAAAUCAGUCAGUCUGGGCCCAAGCAUGACUCAGCGUAUCUUUCAAGAGCACAAGAUGUGAACAAACCCUCAGUGAAGAAUCACAACAGCACAUAACUGCCACUGUUUCACUAUAAAAAUGUUGAGAUGAGAACAUUUUUAUACCUUAAAUAUGACUUUUAUGAUGGUACAAAACCUUUUUCCUGUGAUGAUAUAUUUUCUUGUUCUCACCACGUACUAAAUAAAUCUGCAGUGACAAACUU